UAUUUCAGAUGGCGGACAGAUAGGGAUGGUGGCCGUCGUCCUUUCCAUCGCUGUUUGCUGGUUCAUCAGAGACUCCCUAAAAGUGGAAGGCCUGAGGGGGAAGUAUAUCGUCAUCACUGGAUGUGACAGUGGCUUUGGCCAUGCUCUGGCUAAGUACCUUGACCAGAAAGGAUUCCGCAUCAUUGCUGCGUGUCUCUCAAAGGAAGGGAGCCAGGAGCUACUGGCCAACACUUCCUUGUCAUUGCAAACUGUGGAGCUUGAUCUAACGGACCCUGGCAGUAUUGACAAAGCUGUGGAGUUUGUGCGGGCAGAAACUGAGGGUGUAGGACUGUAUGGCUUGGUAAAUAAUGCUGGGAGAUCCAUACCUAUGGCCCCCACUGACUGGAUGCAGCUGGAUGAUUUCUACAAAACUCUGGAUGUCAAUCUACUGGGGCUGAUUGGGAUUACCUUGAAGCUCCUCCCCCUCCUGAAAAAAAAUAAAGGAAGGAUUGUCAACGUGUCAAGUGUUCUGGGCCGCCUGGCAUUUCUAGGGGGUGGCUAUUGUGUGUCGAAAUGGGGAGUGGAGGCAUUCUCUGACACUUUGCGGAGGGAUAUGCAUCAUUUCGGAGUAAAGGUGAGCAUUAUCGAGCCAGGAUUCUUUAAGACAGGAGUAACUAAUAUAGGGAACAUUGAGAGAGACCUACAAAGACUGUGGAACCAGCUGACUCCUGAGGCCAGAGACUCCUAUGGGGAGAAAUACUUCCUUGAUUAUUUAAGGCUACAAAGGCUAUCCAUGAGAAGGCUGUGUGAUCCUGAUGUUUCUAAGGUCACAAAGUGUAUGGAGCACGCCUUGACUGCCAAGCAUCCAAGGACGCGCUAUGGAGUUGGAUGGGAUGCAAAGUUCUUGUGGCUCCCGCUCUCCUAUGCCCCCACGUUCCUCUCUGAUGCGAUGCUGAGAAUGCUUUUUCCACUUCCAGCAGGCGACAGUAAUCCAGCAAAAAGAUAUCAAAUAGAUGUUUAAGGCAGGUGAAUGUGCCAAUGUUUUGAAGCAAACUGUUGUCUUCAUAUUGCUCUUAUAGACUCUUCU